AUGCGCGAUUCGCGAGAGACCACCCUCGCAAGGCGUCAAUCCCAACAGAUCCCAAAGUCAGCUCCUUCACCGCCACAGAACCACCCUAUCAACUCGCCACAGAGUCCGUCUGCGUCUGAAAAGUCCUUUCGCCGUAUCAGUCAGCAUGUCGGUUCAUCGCCCUUACAGCCCGCUCUGGACGCCACUGCCAAUCGCAAAAAGAACGAGGACGAUAAUCAUGACGCAGAAUCAAUAGGCGCUACCUCUGGACUUGCCACAGGCUCAUUGGCUUCUGGCACUCCUCCUCCGCUAUCAUUAAUGGGGGUUUCUUUCAACCAAGGCAGCAACAAUGCCAAUGCACCCUCGUCGCCUGUUUCCUACAGUCAUAGCCACCCUGGGCACAGCAGCACACCUCCCGUUUCAGGGUCUGGCGCAGGAGCUUCAGCACGCACCCCUCUUGGAACUGUUUUGGCAUCCACUUUUGGCCACAAUACCUCGUCUGGACCAGGAUCACCCACAGUCAACGUUGGACGACCCUUCAAAUACCCAUCAGUAUCCUCCACCAACCAGGUGUUUACCAGCAACUCUUCAUCGGAUCCCUCAAGGCUUGGAACGCCGAUCCGCAAGUCCAGCUUGCCAACAGAGAAGGAGGCAGGGAGCAGCGGCGGAUCCAGCUUCAGUAACUAUGCGCCGAGUGUGUUUAUCAACAUUGGCAGGACCUCGAGCUCGUUACCGCAGAUUGUGAUGCCCAAGAAGCGGAUGGCCCAGAAUGUGGCCUCCAACUUUUCGUACAUUCUGGCUUGGUACUUUUUUAGCACGGCCUUGUCAAUCUACAAUAAGAAUCUCAUGGGCAAGGACAAUUGGAACUUUAACCUACCCCUGUUUGUGUCGUCGAUCCAUGCUGGACUCCACUUUGUGAUUACAGCCUGUCUCAUGCACUUUUGGCCGGAUGUCUUUGAUGCUACAAGGUCAGGAAAAGGAGGCAGGAUCACCAUGCACAGCUAUGUCACCCAAGUGGUGCCUUGUGCAGUGGCUGCGGCAUUGGAGAUUUGCAUGGCCAAUGCAUCCCUCAUGUACAUUACCCUUUCUUUCUAUACCAUGAUCAAAUCAAGCACCCCAAUCUGGGUCCUCAUUUUUGCAUUCAUCUUUCGCCUGGAGAAGCCUCGACUCAGCUUGAUCCUGAUUAUAGGCGUCAUUGUCGUUGGAGUCGUGCUGACGGUUGCAGGAGAGACACAGUUCGACAUGACAGGUUUUGUACUCGUGCUUCUGGCGGCUGUCAUGUCGGGUCUACGGUGGUCGCUGACCCAGAUGCUGCUUCAAAAGGAUCAACUCGGGAUGGACAACCCCGUGGCCACGCUGUACUACAUCAGCCCCAUAAUGUUUAUCCUGAUGUCGAUCCUAUCCCUGGUGAUCGAGGACCCCUUUGUCCAGUUUUCGUCAUCGGUGUUUUUUCAGGAUUUCCGGACAGGCGCGCUCACUUUGGUCAUGGCAGGCGGAGGCGGGCUCCUGGCGUUUGCUAUGACCGUUGCGGAGUUCAAGCUAAUCAAGAACACGGGCACCGUUACUCUUUCUGUUGCUGGAAUCAGCAAGGAGAUUGUUGUCAUUUCGUUGAGCAUGCUCAUCUUUGGAGACAGAUUGACAUUUGUUAAUCUCCUUGGAUUGCUUGUCUCAAUCGGAGGAAUCAUGGCAUAUAACUAUGUCAAGAUCAGGAAAAUGCAACAAAGUUUAUCAUCCUCAGGCGACUAUGAGGUGCUGGCACGGCAUCACAAAGGAGACAACACGGAUUAG